UCGCGGCGCGGGCGCGUCCGAAUGACGUCACGCCGAGGCGCUGGAAGAUGUCCGACGCUUCCGGUCGUGCGGCGGGAAACGAGAUGCCGGCCAAGAAGCAGAAGCUGAGCAGCGACGAGAACAGUAACCCGGAGUUGUCUGGGGAUGAAAAUGACGACGCUGUCAGUAUAGAGAGCGGCACCAACACAGAGCGGCCAGAUACCCCAACAAAUACUGCGAACGCCCCGGGGAGGAAGAAUUGGGGAAAAGGCAAAUGGAGAUCAAAGAAGUGUAAAUACUCAUUCAAAUGUGUGAACAGCUUGAAGGAAGAUCACAACCAGCCGCUGUUUGGGGUGCAAUUUAACUGGCACAGUAAAGAGGGCGAUCCCUUGGUGUUUGCUACUGUCGGCAGCAACAGGGUCACGCUGUAUGAAUGUCACUCACAAGGAGAAGUCAGGUUACUGCAGUCAUACGUGGACGCUGAUGCAGAUGAGAACUUUUACACCUGCGCGUGGACUUACGACAGCAACACAAGUCACCCGCUCCUGGCAGUGGCAGGCUCCCGGGGAAUUAUCCGGAUUAUUAAUCCCAUCACUAUGCAGUGCAUCAAGCACUAUGUGGGCCACGGCAAUGCAAUCAAUGAACUCAAGUUUCAUCCACGCGAUCCAAACCUACUGUUAUCUGUCAGCAAAGAUCAUGCACUGAGGCUGUGGAAUAUACAGACAGAUACACUUGUGGCUAUAUUCGGUGGUGUGGAAGGGCACAGAGAUGAAGUGUUGAGUGCAGAUUAUGAUCUCCUCGGAGAGAAGAUAAUGUCCUGUGGAAUGGAUCAUUCCCUCAAACUGUGGCGACUGAACUCUAAACGAAUGAAAGUUGCCAUAAAGCAUUCCUAUGAAUACAAUCCCAGCAAAACAAACAGACCAUUUAUUUCACAAAAGAUCCAUUUCCCAGAUUUUUCAACGAGAGACAUUCACAGAAAUUAUGUGGACUGUGUGAGGUGGCUCGGAGACUUGAUAUUGUCUAAGUCCUGUGAAAAUGCCAUUGUGUGCUGGAAACCGGGUAAAAUGGAGGACGACAUUGACAAGAUCAAGCCAAGCGAGUCUAACGCGACCAUCCUGGGGAGGUUUGAUUACAGCCAGUGCGAUAUCUGGUACAUGAGAUUCUCCAUGGACUUCUGGCAAAAGAUGCUUGCACUCGGAAACCAGGUGGGGAAGCUCUACGUCUGGGAUCUGGAGGUGGAGGAUCCACACAAAGCCAAGUGCACAACUCUCACUCAUCCCAAAUGCAUGGCCGCAAUCCGACAGACCAGCUUCAGCAGAGACAGCAGCAUCCUCAUAGCAGUCUGCGAUGACGCCACCAUCUGGCGCUGGGACCGGCUCCGAUGAAACCCCCUCCCUCCCCCCCUGAUGAAAGACCAUUGUGGUGUCAUGUGCUGUGUCCGGCGACUAGUGUAUGUAGGAGGCUGAGUUUAGUGACCUUCUUCUUCUCUGUAAUGUUUCCUGGCUGCGAUCCAGCUGCUUUUAAUAAAAAUUUAUUUUUGUACA